UGCACGUCGAGUGCGAUGCUACGAUGCCGCGUCAUUGCAAGGUUAUACACCGGUCUCGACGGUCCUCCUGCUCCCGAAUUCCUCACAUUCAAGACUCGUAAUCUGAAAACAGUGACCGCCAUCCGCGCUCCAAAAUGCCCGGCAUUUCAACCUGAACAAUUAAGAUUAUAGUAAAAAUACGGGCGCGACACAGAUAGGCGCGCGCGGCGGGAGGUCAUCAGUACACACGUAAAAAAGAGUGCGCUCGCGCUCGGCGGCCAAACGCACGUUACGAUGAUCCGCGUCGCGUGGCUGACGUGUGCUCUGGUCGCGCUCGCCGGCGCGCGGGUGUACGAGCGCUGCGAGCUGGCGCGCGAGCUGCGAGCCCUGGGCGUCCACCCCGACCACAUCUCCACCUGGGUGUGCAUCGCCUACCACGAGUCGCGCUUCGACACCGCCGCCAACAACCCCCACAGCGGCGACCACGGCAUCUUCCAGAUCAGCGAGUUGUACUGGUGCGGCCCUGGCAAGGCGUGCGGCCUGCCUUGCUCCGCGCUCAGGGACGAGGACAUCUCCAACGACCUCGAGUGUGCCCUCCUCGUCCACGAAGAACACACGCGCUUACAAGGCAACGGCUUCCUGGCAUGGGUAGUCUACCCCCAGCACUGCAAACACAACACCAAGAAAUACCUCGUGGAUUGUGACACCACCGUGAAGAGUUCAGUGCCCAUAACAAGAUCUCGCAACUACAAUUACGCGAACAGUUUCAACCAACCAAAUGUAACCACCACUGGAAGACAGAACGUGGAGAGUUUGUUGCCGCCUUACCUGACGAUAGGAUCUAUCGUCAGAGACAAUUACGGUAAGGUGCUUGAUCAACAUAAGAAUAGAUUUGAUUGGUAUAAUUAUAAGAUUGAUAACAUCGAUGAGCUUCGCCUGCCGGUGUUCAACCAACCGUCUCAGCACAUUAGCAUGCCGCCGACCAGUGUACCGCGAGUCACACAGACCACGACAACGACGAGUACUCCGUAUAUACCACGCGUGGUGCCAUGGAGAACUAUAGAGACAAAUCAAUUCAGAAAGAAGAAAGUAUACACUGGAACGAGUACCCCAAGUGAAAUAAGCAAGAAGGAAUACUCCCCUCAAUCAGUAAACUCGAUAUCAACAGCAAGCGUACAGCCGAGUUUAAUCGUCGCUCCACAAUUGUUUGCCACAGCUCCAUCACUCGUGAAUCUAACAACGACAACAGUACGGCCGACUACAACGACGACAGUAACGACGGCUACGUACAAACCUCCGCUUUCUACGACAACUUACAGACCGCCUACUUCUACGAUCUCGUACAGUUCUCGUAUUUCUACAACUACGUACAAACCGCCUACAACAACAACAUAUAGACCGAUUUCAACAACAACAACAUAUAGACCACCAUCAACAACGACUUAUAGACCGUCUUCAACAACUACUUAUAAACCUCCUUCGACAACUACGUACAAGCCAAUAUCAACAAUCUUCUCAACAAGACCGUGGAUCAGCCUAACAACACCGAAACCGAACUUUACUUUCAAAACUUCGUUAACACCGAUCACAAGUAAGACAUCUCUAAGUCCUAGUACAACAACAGUUGGAAGAACUCCAACUACAGCUGUGAGUGCAUCAUGGAGGUCAUCAACUGCGGACUUCACGACUCCAGCUAAAACGACGAGGAAACCACAGCCUCAGACCUCGUGGUUCACUUUUACGUCUCGAACAACGACGCCUUCACCAUUGAUUAAACAAACUAUCUUACUAACUCGACCCACACAAACAUCUUUGUACACAAAUAGUAACACACAGUUGAAAACAAAUCCGCCAGCAUUUUCGAGUUUGAAAACCCAAGCGACAACAUCAAAACCUCGAACAACACAGUCUAUAUUUGAUCUGUACUUGAAUCCAACAAAAGCGCCUGCGAUUCCGAGUUACAAGUACAACUGGGGUCAAUCCAGGUUGAAGAUAUUUGGCGGCGGCACAACUCCCGCGCCGGGUCAGUCGACAAGUCGCUCUCUCCAUACUAAUGGAGCCGCCAGGAAUCAGAUCAAAAGGCAACUACUCUCUUCUAUAACAAACUCUUAGGUUAAGUAAUCUAUUUGUGAUCUCCGUUCCUAAUUACUUUUUUCCUAGUGAUUAAGCACGUGGCACUCAGUACACAAAGUAAGAUGUUGUCAUUACAUCACCUGUGCAGGAAAAAUAACUGCUUUUGUAUUUAAAUGGCAGUUGUGCAAACGCAUAUGUAUUGCGAGGCGCGCCGGAGAUUACUCUAUGUAAAUAUAUUGCGAAUAAAGCGAAUGUUUAUUUUAGUAUUAGACCAAAAAGCAUUUAUCUACAUUAAACAUAAGUUUUUUAUGAUAACUGUAGGUUUAGUCUAUUUUAUUGCGUGUCCUAAUAAUCUGCGCAUAUACUCGUAUUAUAAUGAAUUAAUAUCUAAAAAUAAUGUAUAACAUCAUCAAUGGUUUGUUAUUUUUGUAAUUAACAUUUAAAAUAACAAGUUUCUAAUGCGGAAAUCAUCUGAAGGUGCGAAUGUACUGAAGGACAGUUAUACACGCUACUGAAUCGUUUAUAUUCAUCAUCAUAACGUAUCAUGAUGUGCACUACAACACAUCAUAAAAUAGUGGUCAUUUACAGCUGUUCCGAUAUUCUAUCUCUAGUAGGUUAAACGCCAGAUAGAUAGGAUUAUAGGAAGCGGCCAUAAAUGAAGUGAUAUUGAGUCAUGUGAUAUCCAUGAAAAGUGUAUUUAUGACCGAGACAGCCGGCCGGUUCUAGAGGGCUGUCACAAACAAUAUUAUUCAAAUUGAUUCAUCAUUAUAAUGCCGGUAUCGCUUUCAAAGAUCAUCCAGUUUCCAAGAUAAAUCAAUAACCAGGAAAAAUGUUUAUUAAUAAAUUAACUAGUUUUAAGUAUAAGUUUAUGCGAUUGAUGUUAAUAUAAGUUUAUUAUUAUGCUUUAGCGAAAGCCUGAGCUAAUGUUUGUAAGUUGUAUAUUUUAAUUGGAGGUAUCUAACCGAUAUGAACAAACACCACGAUUUUAGUAGAUUUAUAAGUUAUUAAUAAGUGCUUGCUCAAUAAAUUAAUGAAAAAUUA